UCCAUUCUGCAAAGAUGGCUGCAGUUUGGCAGCAAGUUUUGGCUUUAGAUGCCAGAUAUAACACAUAUCGAGCCCCAAAUAGCCCCCAAUGUAGAACUCUUUACAUCCGAAGACGGAGUCAGCUUCUUAGAGAAACAGCCAAAGGAGGGGUAGGAAAGUUAACAUGGAAUUACUCUUUAUUGUCUUUGCUUGCUAUCAGGAGUGACCCUCAAGUUCGUAAACAAUAUCUCAAGCUAAGGAAUCAACUUCUUAUUGAGAAAUAUGGAGCAACAUUAUCUGAUCAGAGAUCCUUGAAUCAAAGCAGCAGUGUAUGGAGCAGGAAUAAUAGCGGCAGAGGCAGUAAAGGCAAUCUAGAGUCCCUGGAUGAUAGUUACGUUGACUCCAGAGGUCAUCUUGAUGUCAGAGGUCAUCGACGUAACCUCAGUAGAGGAUCUUAUAAAUUGGAUCCUUUCCACCUAGAAAGCUAUGGAGUCAUGCCAACAAGAAAUGCUGAAGCAAGCAGAGCAAUGGCUGGUGGCAAGUCUAUUGGAGAGAACUAUGCUUUUGCUGGUAUGCAUCAUAUAUUUGAUCAACAUCGUCAAGCAGUUACAUCUGUCCAGUUUGCAAAUGAAGACAAGUCUCGUAUGGCAUGUAGCUCUCUGGAUGGUACAGUAUCAAUCUGCCAAGUAUUACCAAGCCCUGCUACUGUGGUGUGUACACUCAAAGGUCAUGAAAGAGGGGUCACAGAUUUUUGUUGGUCUCAAUCCAAUGAUCAGAUUCUGUCAUCAUCUCUGGAUGGAACGGUCAGACUAUGGGCAAUCAGUAGCGCUAGCUGUGUACGUACUGUACAAGAUCCAGAUAAAUCACCCAUCAGAGCUUGUAGAUUCCAACCUCUUAAUAACAAUAUGAUUGUUACUGGAAACAAUAAAGGUCAUGUAAAUGUUCUUAAUGUAUCCACAGGGAAAGCAGCUAAGGGUGGCUUUGGCAGAUUAUCAGGACAAGUUCUCUGUAUGGAGUUUGAUGAUAAUGGAGGUGUAUUAUGGGCUGGAGAUGACAAGGGAACCAUAUUUUCUUUCUUGUUUGAUCUGGCAACUGGCAAGCUCAGUAAAGGGAAACGUAUUGUAGUUCGUGAGGGUUGUCCAGUAACCAGUAUAUGUUAUCGAGCUUGGGUUAGUCGUGAAGCUAGAGAUCCAACCGUUCUCGUCAACUGUGCCAUUGAUUCUCUCUGUAUUUAUAAAGUUGUGACAACAGACGGUGGACUCCGAGCUAAGAAAACAUAUCCCAUUAAGCACAAGUCAGCGUUGAUUCGAAGCACAUUCUGUCCUCUAAUGUCCUUUAGAGAAGGAGCAUGUGUGGUAACCGGCAGUGAGGACAUGAGUGUAUACUUCUAUGAUGUCGAGAGGACUAGCAGUAAACCUUGUGUGAAUAAACUUCAAGGUCAUUCUGGACCUGUCUUAGCUGUUAGCUUCAACUAUGAUGAAUCUCUCUUAGCGUCAUGUGAUUCAGAGGGUCUUGUGAUUGUGUGGAAGCGUGAGCAGCAGAAAGCAAGGUAGCAUUGGAUGUGGAGUUAUCCAUCUCAUAUUGAAGGUAGCAUUGGAUGUGGAGUAAUAUCCAGCUCAUAUUGAAGGUAGCAUUGGAUGUGGAGUAAUAUCCAUCUCAUAUUGAAGGUAGCAUUGGAUGUGGAGUAAUAUCCAGCUCAUAUUGAAGGUAGCAUUGGAUGUGGAGUAAUAUCCAUCUCAUAUUGAAGGUAGCAUUGGAUGUGGAGUAAUAUCCAGCUCAUAUUGAAGGUAGCAUUGGAUGUGGAGUAAUAUCCAUCUCAUAUUGAAGGUAGCAUUGGAUGUGGAGUAAUAUCCAUCUCAUAUUGAAGGUAGCAUUGGAUGUGGAGUAAUAUCCAUCUCAUAUUGAAGGUAGCAUUGGAUGUGGAGUAAUAUCCAUCUCAUAUUGAAGGUAGCAUUGGAUGUGGAGUAAUAUCCAUCUCAUAUUGAAGGUAGCAUUGGAUGUGGAGUAAUAUCCAACUCAUAUUGAAGGUAGCAUUGGAUGUGGAGUUAUCCAGCUCAUAUUGAUGGUAGCAUUGGAUGUGGAGUAAUAUCCACCUCAUACUGUACUAUAAGUCAUUCUCCUUAUAAAGUAUAUGGUUUUAUUAAUCUGCAUUGAGCUGUGUAAAGGGAAACAAAGAUUCAGACUACGCUCAAGAUUACCUACCAUUGAUUUGUCAACCCUAUGACAUGUCAUGGUUAAGAGGUAUACAGAGCACUAGACUCAGUUCUGGUGGCUACAGUUUAAGGCCCAUGUCACACAAGAAAAUUUACAAGCAACCAGUUCCAGGCAGUCCUCCAGGAAGAAGAGACAUUUCUGUUUUAAUUCUCUUAAUGUUUUCCUAGCGUUUUUUUAACAAAAUGGCAUUUAUGAAUGGGAAUAAAAGAGUAGUGACUCGUUCUUAAAUCUCUGUUUAAAACCU